AUGCUGCGUCAGAAUGGUGCAAUUAUGGACGCCACCAUGCGGUCGUUGCUACGAGAGCGAUUCCAGACUUCCUUGGACGGCGUCACUCGUAGCGCCGAAUGUUCCCGCAGCGUAGCUUCCACCAGCUCGCUUUUACGCUCCAGAGCCGGCGUCCUUGCCUUGAUCUGCUGGCUGGCAGCAUACUCCUGCUCAUCGCCCGCGCCACCACAACAUGCUGCAAGUGCAAGGUCCCACAAAAUCUCGCCUCCGUUCAGUCAGUCAGAUGCCUCGCGUCAAGUUUUCAGCUUGGUUGCGAUGUCGGAACGUCCGACUUCGAUGGUCCAUAGCGUGACUGGCGUGCCCCGCAAAGCAGCGGUGCUUCGUAGCGUUCACACAUCGGCUCGCCCGAAGACAACUCAUCACCUCCCCAUCGCUUCACUGAAGCAGAGUGCAUUGGCAGGCCGAGCGUCGAGAAAACCUCACUCAACGGCAGUCCGCGCAUCGCUUAGCUCUCUGACUCACUCCCAUCAACAUCCGCGGCCCAACAACUGGCUAGACCGUCUGUCGAGUACCCUCUCGUCUCUCCUCGGAGCAUCGGAGCAUCGAACCGAGCACGAGUCUCCUGGUUCGGAUGUACCGCAUCAGGCUCGACCUCAGCGCGCCCGAGGUGUUGGUCGCAUUCACAAUGUGAUGCAAGACCCACAAAUCUACGACAACAUUGUUCUUCCGCGGUAUCCGAUCGUGUUGUGUCAUGGCCUCUACGGCUUCGACGUUCGGGGCCCUUUCCUCGGUCUGGAGAUUCACUACUGGGCUAAAACGCUUGACAUUCUGCGCAAAAAGAUGGGCGUAGAGGUACUUGUCCACGGUGUGCCUCCCACCGGCUCUAUCCAGGAGCGAGCCGAAUCACUGCACAAAUUCUUGACUAGUGACGAGGCCGGUGUGCGCGGCAAGAAGCUCAAUUUUGUCGCUCACAGCAUGGGUGGUCUAGAUGUGCGUCAUCUCUUGACGCACAUUCGACCACGCCCCGAGGAGUACGUCCCGGUCAGUCUAACUACUAUCAGCACACCGCAUCGCGGCAGCCCUUUCAUGGACUGGUGCAAUGCCAACAUUGGUAUUGGCAAUGAUUACAUUGAACGAGCGAUUCAAGAAGCACGUGCAGAACGCGCUCACCUCGCCGAUCGCGAAACGCAUAAACCUUUGCGCACCACCGCGAAGGUGCCGUACUCGCUCAAGUCGCCGAUCUUUACUCGGCCGAGGCCGCUGGAAGGCUCGAGCAGCUUGCCCAAGAAUAACACCCGAGAUGGCAAGGCAGAAGAGCCAACUCGCGCUGCAUCCGAUACCGAGUCUGCCACCGAGACCUUGUUCUCCGCCGCAUCGUCUAUAGUUAACUCGCUGACAUCUUCCGACGGCAGUCGAUUCCCAUCUGACGCGGCUGAAAAGGUUAAAGAGGCGGUCAAGAAGGGCAAAAAAGAUCACGGUUCGCUACCCUUUGGUCUGUCGUCCUUCAUUGGCUCCCUCUCGACGCUUACCGGGUCUUUCAGUUCGUACAUGCUGUCGCUCCUCGACACGCCGGCCUAUGCGAUGCUCUCCACCAAAUACAUGAACGAAGUCUUUAACCCCAAGACACCCAACGUCGAAGGCGUCAAGUACUACAGCGUCGCUGCGCGUACACAGAGUUUGGCGAUCUGGCAUCCACUCUGGCUACCCAAGCUCAUCCUUGAUGCUGCCGCCGAAUCCAGGACUGCGGGAGGCGAGAUCGACGGCAGUGCCGACGCGCUCGGUGGUGCAGACCAAGGCAACGAUGGAUUGGUCAGCGUCGAGUCUGCCAAAUGGGGUGAAUUUCUGGGUGUCAUGGAAGGCUGUGAUCACUGGGAUCUUCGAGGUGGAGGCGCGCCACGGUGGAGGCAGAACAUCAACCCGUCCACGGGGAAACCGUAUGCUAGCAAAGCUGCACAAGAAUCGGCGUCCACGAAGCGACGCGAGAGUGAAGAGCAAAGCUCUAGUAGCAGCUGGACUGAUAUCAACCGGCUGCUGUUUUCCAAGUCCAACGACAAGGCGGAUCAGAACGUGCGCGCCGAGUCAGCACAGCCGGUAUUUACGUCGUUCAAGCAGCUCGCUGAGUCGGAAGGAUGGAACGGUGUUUCGCUGCGUGAUGCGGACACAGCUGAUGAUUCCGGCGACGCGGUCGAGUCUGCGCAGCACGAGGAUGGCGAAUGUGAUUCGGAGAACGACCAGGCACUAUCAUCGUUCCACCCGCAGCACCUGGACGAUACGCUGGUGCAUGAGAUCGCGAGCUGGAUCUCUGAUCGUCUCCCAUCGGGCAAUGCGGAGAGGAGAGCCAUGGCGCAGGAGCAAGACAAGCUGAUCGAGCAGACUGGAUUGACUCUGUAUGCGCCUCUGAACGGUGCUGCGCAGGACAGUGCCAGUAGUGCUGAAGUCGUCAAUGGUGGUUCACCUGGCAUAGGAGGUCUGGCUGGUUUUACGAACACCGUCGCCUCUCUGACGCGAUCCUCACACGCACCGCACUCGGCACCAUACACCACACAACAAGUCGCAUCAGCAGCCGCACACGCUUCUCCCGACACAGCCACGCAGCACAUCGACGAAACACUCGCCAAGCCGGAACCCAAAUCCGAGUCGCAAAACCAAGUCUCGGAUCUGCACCGUUUCUGGAUCGCGCUUUGUCGCCACUUGCAUAACGAGGGCCUUUAA